UUCCCUGGCACCUCCCAGUCAGGGGAGCCCAGUGGGACCCCAUUUCAGAGCCUGCCUCUGCCCCUCGCCAGCGGGGCCAGCGACUUGUUCUUCGCCCUGUGGGCGAGGGGGAAGGAGCCUUUCCCAGCCCUGCCCGGCGCGAUGGGCACCCGGGAGCUGGCCUGGGGUGCAGGCGUGGAAACAGGGCUGUCUGGGAGCAGCUCCUGCUGGGGACCUCUGAUCGGUUGUGGUGCGGUCCAGCCCCUGCCUCCAGUUCCUCGGCUCGCCGUGCUCAGCCUGCUGCUCGGAUGUCGUCCCCAUGAGCCCCAGGCCGGCUGGAGGGCCAGCCGGGCAGAGCGAGCGGCGGGGCGCCUGGCUGCGCUGAGUGAGGAGGGCCUGCUGGGCACUGGUGUUCCUGGGCCCCCGGCGAGAGGCUCCAACCUUCUCAUGGAUCUGGGGCCCCGUUUGCUGCUCUUGCUGUGGACUCCAGUGGUGGUGGUGGCAUUGCUGGCCCAGGAGGGGUUAGGCCAGCGCGUCUACACCAACACCUGGGCCGUGCUUGUCCCAAGGGGGCCACAGGAGGCUGACAGGCUGGCCAAGAAGCAUGGAUUCCUCAACCUUGGGCCGAUUGUUGGUGACUAUUACCACUUCCAGCACCGUGCGGUGGUGAAACGUUCCCUCUUGCCCCACCGGUCCCGGCAUAGCCAUUUGGCCAGGGAGCCCCAGGUGCAUUGGCUGGAGCAGCAGGUGGCAAAGCGCAGGAUGAAGAGAGACGCCUUCACGGAGCCCACAGACCCCAAGUUCCCUCAGCAGUGGUACCUGUACAACGUGAACCAGCGGGACCUGAACGUGCGGGGGGCCUGGGAGCAGGGCUACACCGGCAGGGGGAUAGUCGUCUCCAUCCUGGACGAUGGCAUUGAGAAGAACCACCCAGACCUAGAGGACAACUAUGACCCCGGGGCCAGCUUCGAUGUGAAUGACCAGGACCCAGACCCACAGCCUCGCUACACACAGAUGAACGACAACAGACAUGGCACCCGCUGUGCUGGUGAAGUGGCUGCUGUGGCAAACAACGGGAUCUGUGGCGUGGGAGUGGCUUACAACGCCAAGAUCGGAGGUGUGCGCAUGCUGGACGGGGAAGUGACCGAUGCCGUGGAGGCCCGCUCCCUGGGUUUAAACCCCAACCACAUCCACAUCUACAGUGCCAGCUGGGGCCCCGAGGACGAUGGCAAGACAGUGGACGGGCCGGCCCGGCUGGCAGAGGAGGCGUUCUUCCGAGGGGUCAGUCAGGGCCGGGGGGGACUGGGCUCCAUCUUCGUCUGGGCCUCUGGGAACGGGGGCCGCGAACAUGACAGCUGCAACUGCGAUGGCUACACCAACAGCAUCUACACACUGUCCAUCAGCAGCACCACCCAGUACGGCAACGUGCCCUGGUACAGCGAGGCCUGCUCCUCCACCCUCGCCACCACCUACAGCAGCGGCAACCAGAAUGAGAAGCAGAUUGUGACAACCGACCUGAGGCAGAAGUGCACAGAGUCGCACACAGGGACCUCUGCCUCGGCCCCCCUGGCAGCUGGCAUCAUCGCGCUUACCUUGGAAGCGAAUAAGAACCUGACCUGGCGGGACAUGCAGCACCUGGUGGUGCGGACCUCGAAGCCAGCGCAUCUCAACACCAACGACUGGGCCACCAAUGGCGUGGGCCGCAAAGUCAGCCACUCCUAUGGCUAUGGCCUGCUGGAUGCGGGCGCCAUGGUGACCCUGGCCAGGAACUGGACCACGGUGGGACCCCAGAGGAAGUGCAUCAUCGACAUCCUCACUGAGCCAAAAGACAUUGGGAAGCGCCUGGAGGUCCGGAGGAAGGUGGAUGCCUGCCUGGGGAAGGCCAGUUCCAUCGGCAGGCUGGAGCACGUCCAGGCCAGGCUGACGCUCUCCUACAACCGGCGUGGCGACCUGGCCAUCCAUCUCACCAGCCCUAUGGGCACCCGCUCCACCCUCCUGGCUCCCAGGCCCCACGACUACUCGGGUGACGGCUUCAACGACUGGGCCUUCAUGACCACGCACUCGUGGGACGAGGACCCCUCCGGUGACUGGGUGCUGGAGAUUGAAAACACUAGCGAAGCCAACAACUACGGCACCCUGACCAAGUUCACGCUGGUUCUGUACGGGACGGCGACAGAGCCCCCUAGCCUCUCCAACCAGCUCGAAAGCAGCGGCUGCAAAACCCUCACCUCCAGCCAGACCUGUGUGGUGUGCGAGGAGGGCUUCUACCUGCACCAGAAGAGCUGCCUGAAGCACUGCCCCCCCGGCUUCGUGCCCAGCCUGCAAAGUGCCCACUACGCCCUGGAGAACAGUGUGGAGCCCAGCCCCCCUCACCUGUGUGUACCCUGCCAUGCCUCCUGCGCCACCUGCAUGGGGCCCACGGCCAAUGCCUGCCUCAGCUGUCCAGCCCACUCACACUACAACAGCUUGGACCUGACGUGCUCUCACCAGACGCAGAGCAGCCGCGCAUCACCUGCCCUGGGCCAGCCCGAGGCACCGCCCACCUCCAAACUGGCCAUCCUGGUGGCCAGCCUCAGCUGCGUCUUCAUCAUGCUCAUUUUCAUCACCGUCUUCCUGGUGCUGCAGCUGCGCUCGGGCUUCAGCCUGCGGGGCGUCAAGGUGUACUCCCUGGACAGCGGCCUCAUCUCCUACCGGGGGCUCCCCGCCGACCUGUGGCAGGAGGAGCUGCCUUCCGAGUCGGAGGGGGAGGACUGUGAGGCGCACAGCGAGAGGACUGCCUUCAUCAGAGACCAAAGUGCCCUUUGAGCCCCCCGGCCCCUCCCUGCCCUGCCCUGGCACAGCCCCUGGGGUGGGGAAGGCUGAGGGGCCCUGGACACUGCCCCGUCCUGCUCGGGCGAGGGCUUCACCAGCUGCUGGCACCAUCCUGUGGGCACCUCUGCUCCUGGCCCAGGGCAGCGGCUGUCUGCCCUGCUCUAGGGAGGGCCCCCUGGCACCGUCCUGGGCUCUCACCCCCACAGAACCAGGCCCAGUCUCCGGUUUCUUCUAACUCGCCAAAGUGUUUUUAGCAUGGGGGCCCCCCCUACCCCCACCAGCCCCAUGGGCCUGGUGAGGAUCUUGUCUGCCAGCCCUGCCUGUGCCCGUCACACCAAUGUGCUGGGGCAGGGGCAGCCAGAUGCGUCUCUUUCAGGGCUGGGGCUCCUAUCUGCUCGGGCUGGCCCUCAGGCUGGGCACUGCAGCUCCAUGGUGGGGGCUCUGGCGAGGGAGUGAUGUGCUGUCUCCUUCCAGCCUUGGGCUCUCCAGGCCUGGCCCCAGUUUGGGCCCAGAGCACUGGGCAAGUCCUGCUCUCGGUGACCCUCUUCCCUCCUGGGGAGCAGCAGGGCUCCCUCAGCUCUGAGGCCCCCCCAGGAGUGGCAGCUGUUUCCUUCUCUCUACAGCAAUAAUGGCUAGCCCCCUGGCAGGGCUCCGCCGGUGGCCAGGAGGGAGUAUGAGGCUCUGCGGUGUUGAAGGGCCAGGAGCAGAGUCUCAUCUGGGGCCGGUCCCAGGGACCCCAGCCCUGCGGCAGCAGGCGGCAGCAACCUCACUGCUCCUCGCCUGCUGGAGCAGUUUCCAGGGCAUUGCCCCAAGUGCCCAGUCCGCUGCCCAUGGGCCGCCUGCUCUUCCCUCCCUUCAACCCUGCAGCGCUCUCUGGCCUUGGGCCAUGCAGCCUGGUCCAGUCUCCAGCCCAGUGCAGAGGCAGCAAGUCAUGGAAUAUCUGCCCACCCUCCCCCCCCAAUGUGCCUUGCCCCUCCCCUGGUGGUGACAAUCUGUUUUGCUCCCCAGCUGGAGCCCCCCAGUCCCCUCCCUGUUCACACAUCAUUUGCUCAUGAUGGUGGGUGAGGCCUGGCCCAGGUAAGUAGGGGCUUCAGCAUCAAGUGCCCCCUGCAAGGGGCCUGAGCACCAAGCCCAGAUCUGCACCCCCAGGCCUUGUCUGUGCUUCAGCCCCUGCGCAGGCUCAGGCAGUGCCGGGGGGCAGGGUCCCCCCCCCCCAGUUUUCUGUCAUCACUUUCUGGUGCACAGUAAUUUGUUCUUGUAAUUUAAUCAGGCAGGUGUUGCCUCCUGCACCCGGUUUUUAAUUUAAUGGUUGUGGAUAUAACGCUAGAGAGACUGAGAGUUAUUAAAUGUUCAGAACUAUGCAAACCA